AUGUCCAUGUAUAUGAGAAGUAUGGCUGCCCCACAAAUCGAAGAUCAAGAAGAAUGUACCCCGUUUGUCUGCGGCUUUUGCUAUUCUCUCUACUUUGCGCGUGAUUUCUUGACUGCUGCACUCGCCUCGUAUCCGGACCCCCUUUCGUCCCUGAAUGUCGAGUCUUCACGAAACUACCAGCCAAAGAUCUAG